AUGCAAAGGAAGGUCAACAUACCGCACAAGAAGCCACUAAACACGGCGGGCACCGUCCUCUUGGCCUUCACCAUUGGAUUCAUCUUCAUCCCCAUGCUGUGCCUGUGCAAGAACGAGGAAGUUGGGGAGAGGAACGAAAUAGCAAGCCUCCUGCAGGAUCUGACAGCACGUGUGGAGAAGCUGGAGAAGGACAAAAAAGCUGAAAACAUGAAGGGACAAGAGGAUGUGACAUGUCCUCCUGCAGCCAAAUGUACCGUGGGGUUCUCGGUGGGACUGAACACCCUGAAGGCACCCCCGAGGGAAGCAAGGAUUGCAAUCUUCAAGGAUGUGUUCAACAACGUGGGCAACGGCUAUGACAACAACACAGGCACCUUCACAGCCCCCGUCAAGGGCCUGUACUUCUUCAGCUUGACCUUCCACAAUGUUGGCGACGCUGUCAUCAACAUAUAUCUGUAUAAAAACGACAGGCGAGUGUUGAACGUGGACAUGCCAGAAGCAUAUCCUGGCAGUAACACCAAGGCCGUGACCAUCCAAGUGGAGAAGGGAGACAAAAUGUAUGUCAAGGCUUUUCUUCGCCAAAAUGUCACUGGCGUUAAAGCCAUUUUCACCGGCUUCCUCAUCAGUUGCAUGUAAACAAGGUGGGUGCAUCCGUCCAUGAUAUUAUCGAUACCAGGGCACUAUCGGUACGGGGUGGAUGCUAGUGUAUCAGUUUUCUUUUCUGUUUCUUCAAUAUGUGUGGUUUUUCCUGCGUGUUAGUUUGCGUUUAUUGAUACUUCUAACAGCACAAGCUACUGUAGGAUUUCAGUCUUACAGUAAUGAUUCUUUGGUGGUCCGUCAUCGAUGAUGCAAUAGUUGUUCCCGGAGGCUGCGGAGCCCAAACUCUUUAGGCACAAAGCGUUCCACAAACAGAGCAGCAAACUCAAUCUCCAAUCUUUGAAGUUGAUAUUGUCGGAGACAAC